GGGAGGAGAAAUUAUCCAAUGAGCGUCUUGGCAGAGGCACCAAUGAGCGGAAGUGUUGUUAGGCAAGCUGACAUGGGACCGGGGGUCGCUGAGCCAAUUUGGCUGAGUGCCGUGGAACCAGCUCUUCUCAGCUGCGUCUCAGAGGCUGGCGGUUCCCCUCGGCUUCUGUGGAACCCCGGGUCCAUGUCCCCGGUGGACACAGCAUCCCGGAACCUGCAUGCCCAUGGCCACUAGCUUGAGGACGCCCGCUUUCACCUCAUGUUCUUCCGCCUCGACAGACACAGACGACGAGGGAGUGCGCGGCAUUUGUGAAGAUGCUUCUAUGUGCAAGAGGUGCCUUCGGGGUGCGGGGUCAGGGGCCAGUGUCCCCACGGGGUUGGGGCCUCGGUGGGAGGCGGGCCUGUGUCUCAGGAACAGGCUCGCUUGCCAAAAGGAGCUGACAUGUCACAGGAGGUAUGGAGGACACCCAAGACUGGGCCUCGCUCCUGGACAGCAGCCAGGAACAGCUGUGAGGAAGGACAGCCCUCAGAUUCAAAGGGGAUCCUGCAGGGCCAGCCAUGGCACAGGCUGCCCAAGAUGGUCUGUGACACCAAUUUGUAAACAUAGAAGCUUUUACCCACAUAUGAUGGAGAUGAUGGGAACAUGGAUAUUUUGCUCGAGUCCAUGGCAUCAGUUAGCUGAUAAAAGCAUUUCUACAGAAGAAAGAAUGUCAUUGUCAAAUUCUAAAUCUUGGGACUGGGAUGGAGACCACCUUCUGGAGAUUAAAGCCAAAAGGACCAGGGAACCUGCCACAGACAAAGGCUUUUGGGAUUGGAGCGUCUGCACCUUCAAAGGCACCGCUGAAGCCUUGAAGUGCAGCAUCUGCGAUGUGAGGGAAGGCACCUCCACCAGGUCUGCAGUAAGCCUUAGCUACUGGCAUGACCCUUCCAUCCAGCAUUUUAGGAGACUGUCUAAGGAGAGGAAGGCCCCCAGAAUUAACAGAGGACAUUUUGCUCGAGUCUAUGGCGUCAGUCAGCUGAUAAAGGCAUUUCUACGGAAGACAGACUGUCAUUGUCAAAUUGUAAAUCUUGGGACUGGGAUGGAGACCACCUUCUGGAGAUUAAAGUUGAUCCCAAAGAAAUCCCUGGGUGGCCAAGGGGUAGAAGGAAGAGCUGAUGUCCUCCAGCACCAUGGAAUCUGGCAAUGCACUGUGGACAGAAGCUGCCACCUCCACCUGCAGGUCCUUAACAAGUUUGCCAAAUAAAUUUCCGCACAGUAGGAUGUCUGAAAUGUGAUGUCGCACCUAUGUUCCUGGAGAAAGAUGGGUGCAGUAAGUUCCUGCCCACAGAGAAUGCCUGUGAUAGCAGAGCAGUUUGGAUGCCCUGUGUAUAACAAGGUAAAUCAUGUCUCCUUCAAGGUUGAGGCACGCGUGACUGAGAGGAUGUUGAAAUAGGCACUGAA